GAAGAAAGACGGAGGUUUACUCGUCUUUUUCUAUACUGCAGAUCAUAUAAACAUUAUGUGGAUCCCUGCUGAUGGAUGUCAGGACAUUUACUGAGGAGAUUUUAGCUGAGGACUUCAUCCUGCUGCUUCAGCUUGAGCACAAUGUCAGUUUCGGUGGAAAAGAGGAGCGGGUGGUUUCCUCCAGACUGGGAUGACGACGAACGGAUGUCUUUCUUAUUCUCGGCCUUUAAAGAGAACCGAGAUGUGGACUGCACCGACUGGGAUGGGAAGAUCGACUUCUGGAGCCCGCUGAUCAUCGAGCACUGCAGGAGAUGCGGAUCUGUGUGUGUUAAUCUGCAGGAUCUGAAUGAAAAUUUCAGAAGAAAGGGCUCAGUUCCUCUGGGCUUGAGUACUGUCAUCCAGAGCAUGAUCAGGAGUGGGAAGGUACAGAAGGAAUCCGACUUUGCUGCAAACGUGGACUCGGGCUGGCUGUCGUGGGGUGUUGGACUCUUGUUAGUCCGGCCUCUGAAAUGGACCCUGUCGGCUCUGCUGGGCAGUGGGAGAGUCCCGCUGGAGGAGUCCUUCGUUGUCAUCGAACUAGUCAAAGAAAAGGCUGCAGAGCUUUUAGCGGCAUAUCGGGGCUCUGCUUUAUCAGCGCGCUCUCUGCUGUCUUUCCAAGAGCUGCGUUCUCUCUCGUCUCACAUCUGUCCUGACGAAAGCACACUCUGCAUGGCUCUGCUGCAGCUCCAGAGAGAGAAACACGUCACCGUCUCGCUCCACGAAGGAGAGAAGCUGGUGAAAUUCAGUCAGGCGGGACAGGGCCGCGUGUCUCCUGUGAGCGAGGUGGACUUGGGAAUCUACCAGCUCCAGUGCAGCGAGAAGCUUCUGGAGGAGCGCGUGGAGGCUCUGGGACACGAGGCCGAAAAGUGCAAGCAGCAGGCAAAAUCGCUGCUUAAAGAGGGGAAGAAAUCACAGGCCCUGAGGUGUUUACGUGGGAGCAAACGGGUGGAGAAGAAAGCGGAUCGUCUGUUUGCUCAGCUUGAAACAGUGAAGGGGAUCCUGGACAGAAUAGCAAACUCCCAGACCGACCGCCUGGUGAUGCAGGCAUACCAGGCAGGUGUGGCGGCUCUGAGAAUCUCACUGAAGGGUGUGACUGUGGAGCGAGCAGAAAACCUGGUUGAUCAGAUACAGGAGCUGUGCGACACUCAGGAUGAAGUAAACCAGACUCUGGCCAGUGGGGCGCCGGAUGCUGGAGAGGAUUCGGAGGACUUGGAAGAGGAGCUGAAGUCAUUAAUGGAGAAAAGUGUCCCAGAAAACGAUCUGUUCCCAGCAGUCCCGACACACCCCAUUACUCCUCCGAGGAAAACGGAUCUCCCAGAUGCUGCUUUUGUCCAGUUUCUGCCCUCUGUGCCUAAUCCUGGUAUGAACAUCACAGACGAGGAGCUGGACAGGGAACUACGUCGACUUACAGUCUCGGAUAAAGGUUUGCCAAGAGAAAGCGUUUCGCCUCAGAGGAGACUUGAACCUGCGCAGUGAUCAUUUCAGCACAAGAAAGCACUUAAAUGGGUUAAUCGUUGUCCACGAAAGAAAGCCAUCAGAUAACGUACAGUACAUGUGUGUCUAUCGAGUCCUCAUGACAAGCCCUUAUUCAUGUUUGUAAUGUUCAUCUUUGUUUUUAAAGAACGUUUUAAGAGUGGCCUUUUUGAGUUUGUAAAGUCUGUACAAUGUAUUAUUCUAAUAAAACCACAAAUUAUGAUGCCAAA